CAUGGAUAACAAAACAAAGGAGAACGUGGGGCCGCCCGUUGCAUUCUUGGUAACAGGAGAUACCCAAAUAUUCGUAACAGGACCCUCCACGAUACAAAGAACCGCCCCCUGCGUCCUCUCCCGCCCAUUGCUGCCCCCGCCCAUCCCCUCCUUCCGCGCAGGACUAGGGUUUUACCCACCGGACCUCACGAUGUACGGUGGAGGCAGCCAGCACGACGGGAAUGGCGGCGCCGCUAACGCGAACAACCAAUUCGACGGCGGCAGGUUUAUGCCCCCGCGGACCACCAGCACCCCGGAGGGUGGCAGCGUCAUCACGAGAACUCGCGGCUCGCAGGCGCUGCUCCCGCUCACCGUCAAGCAGAUCAUGGACGCGUCGCAGACCAACGACGGUUUUGCUGUCAAUGGCACAGAGGUAGCAACGGUUAGGCUUGUAGGACGCAUGUUGAAUAAGAAGCAGCAGGUCACAGAUGUAUCGUUUGUUCUUGAUGAUGGUACAGGCAGGAUAGAAAUGAAACGCUGGGACAACGAGACGUUUGACACCGAAGAAAUGAAGUUAGUCAAGGAUGGUGACUAUGUUAUUGUGAUUGGUGGUCUGAAAGACUUCCAAGGGAAGCGUCAAGUGACUGCUUUUUCCGUGCGGCUUGUUACCAACUACAAUGAUAUAACACAUCACUUUCUGCACUGCAUUUAUGUGCAUUUGGAUCUCGCAAGGCCUAAGAGGUCUUUGUCGCAGCCCCAAAUAAUUGCUAAUACAUCAACUCGGAACCAAGCUCUACACACUAGUAAUCAGGCCCCAACAUCGUCUGCAUCUGGAAAUACUGCUAGCAGAGAGUUAUCCAAUUUGGUCAUGAGUGUUUUUCUUGACCCAGUACUUGGAAACCUGGAGCAUGGAGUAAGUCUUGAUCAGGUCGCGAGUCGUCUCAAUCUAUCACUUGGACAGACCAGGUCGACUGUUCUAGAUCUCGUUGAUCUUGGCAACCUUUAUGCAACUAUCGAUGACGACCAUUACAAGUCUACCAUGAAUGGUUGAAUAUGUUUGGAUCCACACACACGUAAGCAUUAG